AUGUUCGCAUCGCCUUUGCCUCCAGGCCCAGAUGUUCCCUGUGUUUCAUCCGUCGGGCCAGUGGGAUUUGCAAACGCCACCUCAGUUCAGCAGAAGCGACGGGAGGAACAGCAUUACGUAUUUCAAAAGUAUCCAGGCAAAGAAUUCAAGGAAACACAGUCGACCAGGAGAGAACCGAAGACUGCCGUGUACUCAACGGCGGAUCAGGCGGUUCUCCAGCCACUCCGGUCCCUUGAUCCCGACUCUCGAGAUCUAAACCUGACUGCCAGUCUAGAAGCAUUCGUCGCUGGCGUUCAGGGGCAACAGCACAAAGACGAGCAUCCCACCUUCGUCUCUUCGGAGCUCUCAACACACGAAACUGUAGGGGGACUGCGCGACCAACUGCAAAAGGUCUCGAGUGGCGCACAGGGCGGCGAAGUUCAUGAACGGCGCGUGAUACACACCAUGAAUGACUACGGAUCUUCAGCAUACAUGCAGGCAGGAGUAGGCUCUGUAUUUCCGGAGGCGUAUGCAAACAGCUAUGUGGUGACAAAAGAAGGGGAGGUCACAACUGCACCCGGAGCAGCCACCUCUUACCAAGUCGUGCUGUCGGACGGCACAUCCUAUCCGUCAGCUGUCUUUCCUGCAGGUGCCAGCAGAGAAGCCGCAAGGAGCACAGCUCCGCAAACAGCAGCAGCGCCGCAGAUGUAUUCCUCUCCAGCACGAGUGAGCGCAGAUGUUGCUGCGUCCUACUACCCCUAUACAGAAGCAAUCCCCUAUGCCGAGGCGGCAACUGUAGGCUCCCCAACAACAGCACCGGGAACAACUACAAAUUACUACACGUCUUAUUAUCGUCGCCAGUUUCCAGUAUCGCCGAUUGUGGCAGACUCUGCCAUCCCUGGCGACGAUGGCAUCCCCGCCGUAUCCUUGCCACAUGAGAGAGAUCGCUUGGUGGAAACGAAUCGUCUGAGCACUGAACGCCACAUCUCGCCAGGAGACGACACUGCAGGGCGUCCAUCAACUACCAGCUUGGCAGAGCCAAUGCUGCUAGUCGACGGCGUGACUGGUUUGCCGCUGAGAGGACAGACGUCGAUCGACCGGGGGACGACCCUCCUCAGCAACCCACUCGCGAAUUCUCGUGAUUGCAGGCUCCUAACUGCCAAGAAGAAGCUUCUGUCUCGCCCCAUGCAGCUGAUCCACGUAAACCGAUGGGAUGGAAAGGAAGUUCUUACUGUUGAUGAAGGCGCUCGCCGAUGGCUCGGGGAGAUAUCUACCCGCUAUAUCGCCGUGAUUUCAAUAUGCGGAGAGCUUCAAACCGGGAAGUCGGGGCUGGCAAAUCUUCUUCUCGAUGACAGCGUGAUGAGCAGCACUUUGGGCUUUGCGGUGGGAACUUCCGUGGCAGCCCCCGUAAUCGCGCAGGGUACGCGCUUUGUGCAGCGCGUUGAGUCUGAGGGAAAGACGGAAGGCGUGUGGAUGUCUGCCGUGGAGGCGGAGGGUGACAAGGACAAUCUGGUGUAUCUUGUUCUCGAUUUUGAAGGCAUCGGCAGUAAAAGAAAAAGCGUCGAGCAUGACCAACGCCUCUUCACCCUUGCUCUGCUGGUGUCGCAUUUCCUGGUCUUCGUUACCAGGGGCGCUGUAGACAGCGACACCCUCUUCAGCUUGGCGUCGGCUUCUGCAUGGACUCAGCGGCUGCGCGUCACGCACGGCGGUGGAGCAGAUCGCCAAGCACAAAAGCCGCCGACUCCCAGCAGUCAUGGAGUCUCCCCUGCAUCUCCCAAUGCGAAGGGCAAGCCUGACGCUGCCUCUUCCUCAAAGGCAGGCUUAGGGACCUCCGCGGGGGGGGGGGGCACCUGGAGGGCUCCCGCCCUGCUGUGGGUUCUUCAAGACUUCAACAUGUCGAUGGUCGACGAGCAGCAGAAUCCGCUGACUGCUGGAGAUUAUUUGGAGGCUUUGUUGGCGUUGAGUGUGUCUCGCGACGUGCGUGGCUUUAGCCAAUUGGCAGCAGGCCUGGAAAGCCCCCAAAUUCGCAUGGCGCGGCAAGAGGUCUCUGAGUUGUUCGGGGGAGAUCGCGACUGCGUUGCUUUACCCUCUCCGCUUGGAUUUUAUGCCCCUGCUGGUCAGAGUUCGCCUUCAGGCCAGGCUUCGGCAAGGGCGCUGGAGGCUGUCAGCGUUUCGGAGUUUGUUCCACUGUAUCAGCGACGGCUUGCGCAGCUGCGGUGUCGCGUCUUUCGCGAUUGCAAGGGGAGGGCGCUUGACGGAACUGCGCUUACUGGCUUGGCUCUCACGCGAAUUCUGGAAAAGCUUGUGGAAGGCAUCAACGGCGGGGAAAUCCCGGAGAGCGUGCGGCUCCUGGGGUCCAUUCAACACGAUGAAUGCCGACGCUGGAAGCAAGUCUGCGAAGAAGCGUUCACGAAAGAGCUCAGAGACACCUUUCAAGCGAAGCUGCCCAUUCCCUCCAAGGAGCUCCAAGAGGGAGCAGAGAGCUUGCAGCGCAAGUAUUCUCACCAUUUCAAGAUCCACGCAAUUGGUGAUGAUGAAGUCCUCCGCCACUACAAGACACAACUGAAAGAAAAACUGCGUCGCAUCACUGACAGAGCGUUGGAAGAAAACGAAAGGCAUGCGGAGUGGAAGUGUCGGCAGAAGGCCAAGAUGCUGAGUGACAAACUUGGCAUCGACCAGAAAAUCAGCGGGAAGUUGUACAUGGAUCUGCAGGCGCUCAACGAUGAUUUGGCCCUGCUGCGUCAGGAGUACAACGCAGACAUACGAGGCCCUCGCUACGUGCAUCAACGCGUUCUCAACGAGUACAUUGACCAGCUACUGUCUAGGGGGGCAAACGCCGUCGCGGAUGCCUUGCAGGAUCUUGCACGAGACUCCGAGCGUACAGCAGCUCUGCUGCACCAGAAAACAAUGGACGCUGAGCGGAAGGGAGACAAAGCUGUAAAGCUUGAGCAAGAACUGCAAAAUAAGGACUACGAGACUGAGCAGCUGCGCCGCGAGCUAGAAGACGAGCGCGAGCAGCAGACUCUCCAGGAGGAACGUUAUAAGCAGGAGACAAAGGAGCUGCGCCGCGAGCUGGCGGAGCAGCGGGAGACAAAUCAGCGACUGAGCGCUCUGUAUCACUCGAGGGUGUUGGACGAAGAAGACGCUUACCGCUAUGGCCCUCGCCGCAGCAAACACAGUGCAGUUGGUUUGAAUGAUCAGGCCCGUUGCUUCGGCAACAGGUGCACCCUUAUGUGA